AUGCCAGAGCCAGCAAAAUCUGCUCAGGCCCCCAAGAAGGGCUCCAAGAAGGCGGUGACCAAGGCGCAGAAGAAAGAUGGCAAGAAGCGCAAGCGCAGUCGCAAGGAGAGCUAUUCCAUUUAUGUGUACAAGGUGCUGAAGCAGGUGCACCCUGACACGGGCAUCUCGUCCAAGGCCAUGGGCAUCAUGAACUCGUUCGUCAAUGACAUCUUCGAGCGCAUCGCGGGCAAGGCGUCGCACCUGGCGCACUACAACAAGCGAUCCACCAUCACCUCUUGGGAGAUCCAGUCGGUUGUGUGGCUGAUGCUGCCCGGGGAGCUGGCCAAGCACGCUGUGUCUGAGGGCACCAAGGCUGUUACCAAGUACACCAGCUCUAAGAGCGCAUCAGGCUGCUGUCUACAAUGCAAAGGCUGUUUUCAGAGUCACCCACAAAUCUCAAGAGCUUUAAUACUAAUUGUUGCUGUGGUUUUUAGUUAA